AUGAGCGACCGCGGCACGAAAACUGGCCUAUAUCCGCUCGCGCUGUGCUCGGCGGCGUCCAGCUCGGCGUACGUGGCGAAGAUGAGCUCUCCGGAAGUGGACCAAGAGUCGCCGGAGCGCCUGGCGGUGGUGCUGUACGCACUGGCGGCGGGGUGGAGAUGCAAGAACGCGUGCAUCGCCGACUCGGGCAAGAGAGAACGGCUGCAGCAGGAGCAGGAGGACGUCGAAGAGGCAGCCGACCGCGUGACAGCAGGUGCUGCGGAGGCUGCGGUGCAGACGGAAGACCACAUACCCGCGACAGCAGCAAGGCGGCCGGCUUGUCCGCGGAUGCCAACAGCGCUGUGGAUGUCUAGGACGGAGGAGUCGAUGCCGACCAAGGUGGCGAGCGCAGUGACCAGCGAGGAAGUGAGCGGUGACGCGACCCGCAGUGCGCUACUACACCUGGACGCCCACUGGACGAGUGGCAAGGGAGCAACCUCGACCCCAAUGAGACGACGGAGCAGGUAA